AUAAGAGCGAAAGAAAAGAAAUAAGAAUAGUAGAAGAAAGUAAGACUGGGUGUCCGGUUGAACGAGAAAGAAAUUGUGAUCGAUUCUGGUGAGAAAACAAAAAAGAUGGUUCCUUCAAAGCUUGCAUUUUUCAUCUUGGUAAUCGCAACUUAUUCACAAGGAAAAUAUCUGAACACUAGAUGUUUCUACAAAACGCAAGAUGAAAUACUAUCAGUGGAAUGCAAUCCCGAACAAUCAUGUUACGCUAUCGUUUCGCUGAAAUAUAACAACAAGACAUGGCACGAGAACCAAUACGCAAUGGGAUGCUGGGAAACUCUACCGUACUGUAGUCAAGACACUUGUGAUAUCCCCUUACCAAAUUACAUCUGGGUUGAGCAUCACUUUCCAAGAUUUUGUUGUUGUAAGGGAAAUUUGUGUAACGGCAACAUAAAAACAAUUAUUUAAACCAGUGCGUUAAAUAGUUGGACGAAGCACUGUCUGAUGAUAACAAGGAACGUUCUGAUCGAAUUUUUUUGAAAAGAAAUGCGAAGUAGUAAAUGCCAGUAAUAAACAAAUACGCAUGUACAUAAAAUCUACACAUUUAAUUUUUCACUUUCGGUAUUUUUCUUUGUAUGUAAGAUAACGCAUAUAUGCAUUGCGAUGUAAAAUAUAAAAGACAUGUGCUA